AUGAAACCAAGCAAGAACCAGCUAAGAAGGGCAAAGAAAAAGGCUCAAAAGGCCGAGGUGAGAUCAAACCCACCGACGAAGUAUCUCACAGAGAAGACCGAAACUAAUUACCAUGCAAAGGCUGCCACCUUGCCUGUUCAAAAUGAGACCCCCAUAGAGCCGCCCGCCCCUCUUCCUACUGCCCAAGAUACAACAAUUGACGACUUUGAUCUGGCAUCCGAGCCCAGUGAUCCACUAUGGGAAAUGUACAAAGAUGUUGCCGGCAAGUUCGACGAAGUGGCACCGGAAAAUUUGACUUCGAAGGAUUCUGAAAAACCCGAGGUCUAUUUUGAUGAUGGCGAUGAAAUCCCCGACGAAGAGCAGGAAAAUGAGCCUAAGCUGUCAAAAAAGAAACGAAAAGAAUUGAACAAACUCUCGGUUGCAGAAUUGAAGGCAAUGGUCCGGAAGCCAGAAAUUGUUGAAUGGACAGACACAUCCGCCCCCGACCCUCGACUUCUCAUUCACAUUAAAGCCCAUCGCAACGUGGUUCCUGUUCCUUCGCAUUGGUCUCUCAAACGAGAAUAUCUCUCGUCCAAGAGAGGAGUCGAGAAGGCACCAUUCGCGUUGCCUAAAUUCAUACAGGAGACAGGAAUCUCUGAAAUGCGCGACGCCGCCUUGGACAAGCAGGAACAGUCCUCCUUGAAACAAAAGCAGAGAGAACGAGUCCAACCGAAAAUGGGAAAACUCGACAUUGAUUACCAAAAGCUCUACGAGGCGUUCUUCCGUUUCCAGACUAAGCCCGAGUUGACUCGCUAUGGCGAGAUAUAUUACGAAGGCAAAGAAUACGAAACUAACCUUAAGCAUCUUCGCCCCGGUGAGAUUAGUGAUGAGCUCAGAGAUGCUUUGAACAUGGCGCCAGGGGCUCCUCCUCCUUGGCUUGUGAAUCAGCAACGAUAUGGCCCCCCACCUUCUUACCCUGCAUUGAAACUUCCUGGUCUCAAUGCGCCACCCCCGCCAGGUGCGACGUGGGGUUACCAUCCAGGAGGCUAUGGAAAGCCUCCCGUUGAUGAACAUAAUCGCCCACUCUAUGGAGGCGAUAUCUUCGGCGUUCUGCACCCUCAACAACACGCCCAGCAAGGAGAACCGAUUGAGAAAGACCUUUGGGGCGAGCUUCAAGAAUCAGAGGAGUCGGAGCCAGAGAGCGAAGAAGACGAAGAAGACGAGGACGACGAAGAGCCUGAUGAAGAUGGGAUGGAAACAGAUGCUCAUUCCCCCAGCGGUUUGGAGACUCCCAGUGGCAUCGAUUCAACGGUACCAUCCGAGUUUGUUGGAACUGAAAGUGUCUCUGGGGAAUUUGAUGUCCGCAAACAUCACCGUGGAACUGAGACAGAAGAAUCUGUGCACCCUAGAAGUGCAUACCAAGUAAUCCCAGAGAGACAAACGAAUGUGCAAGGCUUUUUCGGCGGCGACAGAGCAUACGACCUCGCCGGGUCCUCGGGAAAACCUCCCGUUCUCGGGGCAGAUGACUCAAAUCGGAAACGCAAAAAGCCCGGCGAUGUUGAGGUUUCUGUUGACUUGGAUGCAAUUCAGUCCAAUGAUGGCAUCAGCAAGGAAAGUCUCCACGACAUGUACGAGACCGAGAGACAACAACAAAAUCAACCAAGCUGGGGGUUCAAGGAGGACUUGAGUGAUAUGAUCGCCCAGGAGAGCCGUAAAAGGCUGCGAAAGGAAGAGGAGAGACGGACAAAGCACUGA